AUGCAGCUGACCUCCAUCCUCACUUUCGCGGCUCUGGCCGCCAGUGCCACAGCUCGUCUGCACAGCUCCGCCGUGUGCGUCAACGCCGCGAAGACCGGAAGCACAGGCAACGGCACCCCCUGGGGCCUUGGCUACGGCUCCUACACCGACUACGAGCUCGAUCUCGAGGCCACCAAGUGCGCCUGCGGCUACUACCGCAACCGUAACACCGGUAACAAGCAGUGGGACAAGUGCCCUGACUGCACCUUUGACGGUCUUCAAUGCAACUCUGCCGGAUGGCACAUUGGCGGCGACGAGAUGAACCACUACUGCCGCAAGUACUGUGGUGCCGAGGGCAACGACGGCAACUGA